AUUUUCUCAUUUCUGCCAUUUUCGACCAAACAAACUUUUCUUUUUCUUCGAUUCUUCCUCUUCCUUUUUCAAGCUUCAUCUCAAUGAGGUUCUCUUUUCAACAUACAUAGAGCAUUGCUUAGCUCAAGAGUUCAGUGCCAUUUUGCCUUUGAAUUGUAAAAUAGAGCUUCAAUUUCUUCAUGGGUUAAUCGACGACAUUUCAAGGAAGAUGAUGGCAAUAACAGUGAAGCCUCCUUCAUCCCAAUCACCAUUGUUCAGGUACGUUUCGCAAAACCCAGCUUUGUUUCUCUCUCGGUUAUUCUGCUCUGGAAGCUCCAUUAACGAUGACGUUGAGACUAUUUUUCGCAUAGUCAGUUGCUCGAACCAGUCUAGAAACUUGAAGCAAGCAUUGAAAUCAAGUGGGGUUUUUCUCUCAAAUGAUUUGAUUGAUAAGGUUCUAAAACGGGUUAGGUUCAGCCAUGGAAACCCUUUACAAGCUUUGGAGUUUUUCAAUUAUACUGGGAAUAGAAGAGGGUUUUAUCACAGUUCUUUCUCGCUGGAUACAAUGCUUUAUAUAUUAGGAAGAAGUCGAAUGUUUGACAAAACUUGGGAGGUCUUAGUUGACAUUAAGUAUAAAGAUAGAAAUUUGAUAACCCCACGGACUGUGAUGAUUGUUUUAGCUAGGAUUGCUAAGGUUUGUUCGGUUAGGCAAACUGUGGAGUCUUUUAGAAAGUUCAAGAAGCUUGUGCCCGAAUUCGAUACAACUUGUUUCAAUUCUCUGUUGAGGACUCUUUGUCAGGAGAAGAGUAUGACAGAUGCUAGGAAUGUGUAUCAUAGUCUGAAGCAUAACUUUACGCCUAAUUUGCAGACUUUCAAUAUAUUGUUAUCCGGGUGGAAGUCAUCUGAGGAAGCUGAGGGGUUCUUUAAGGAGAUGAGGGAGAUGGGUGUGGAGCCUGAUAUCGUUUCAUACAAUUGUUUGGUUGAUAUUUAUUGUAAGAGUAUAGAAAUAGACAAAGCAUAUAGGGUGGUAGAGCAAAUGCGUGACGAGAAUAUAUCACCUGAUGUGUUCACCUAUACUAGUAUCAUUGGGGGAUUGGGGUUGGUUGGUCAGCCUGAUAAAGCCAGAGAUGUAUUAAAGGAAAUGAAGGAGUUUGGGUGCUACCCUGAUGUUGCAGCAUACAAUGCUGCCAUUAGGAAUUUUUGUAUUGCGAAGAGGCUUGGUGAUGCUUAUGGGUUAAUGGAUGCAAUGAUGAGUAAGGGUUUGAGUCCAAAUGCAACUACGUACAAUUUGUUCUUUAGGGUUUUCUUCUGGUCGAAUGACUUGCAAAGCUCAUGGGGUUUGUAUGGGAGAAUGAUGCAUACUGGAUGCCUGCCAAAUACACAGUCGUGUAUGUUCCUGAUUAGGUUGUUUAAGAGGCAGGAAAAGGUGGAUAUGGCAUUGCAGCUGUGGAAUGAUAUGGUUGAGAAGGGUUUCGGUUCUUAUAUAUUAGUAUCUGAUGUGUUGUUUGAUUUGCUUUGUGACUUGGGAAAACUAAUGGAAGCAGAAAGAUGCUUUUUGCAGAUGAUGGAAAAGGGGCAUAAGCCAAGUAAUGUUUCCUUUAGAAGGAUCAAGGUUCUUAUGGAACUGGCAAACAAGCAUGAGCCCCUGAAGAACUUGACAGAGAAAAUGGCAGUUUUUGGCUCUUCAAUCCAUCUUCCUGGGAGUACAAAGAGCUCAGCAGAGACAUCACGUUUAGAAUCACUUCCAAUAUAAAAGUGUGUGGGUUACUAGUCAUGAUUUUUUUGAUGGUGUUGUGGAAUUACUGAUGCCGAAAAUGUUUCUGAUUGAUAUGUGAGAAGAGGUGCUUUGCAUGAUUGGGAAUUUGAGGCUUGCCAUGGUGAAGUGUUAAGAGCAUAGCAUGUGGAUUUGGAAUUUAAAAGUUUUUUUUUUGGCUUGGGCCUAGUCUUGGCACUUGCGUGUAAUGUCUGUUACAAGUUCAAUGGAUUUAGAUACUGUGCCCUGGGGGUUGGUGGUGAGGUUGCCAAUUUAUAGACUGGUUAUGCUGAAAUGUUCUUAUUUUGCAGAAACGUCGCACACCCUUUGUUACUUGUUUGAAAAAUAUUCAUAUUGUGCUUUUACUUGCCUUUAAUACGGUGUAGUAAGACCGGCUCACCCACCCUGCAAAUUAUCCUAACUGCGCCUCAGAACUGUUAGACAACUUUCUAGUUGAAGUCAGGUGAGGAAUAAUGUUUCUGACUUUCUUUGUACAAUUUUGUUGUUGUUGCUCCUCUUCUUACAUGAAUAUAAAAGUGGUGGUAUCUCCUGUUGAAGAUUAUGAGUGACAUGGGCUUGUGUCUAUUUUUCCUCCAUUUGGGUGAAAGACAAUUGUGUUGGUGAAAAAAUUUUAUGGCUUGAGAUUGUAUGUCCAAAUCGUUGCUGACCAGUCAUGUAGGAGUAUGAAGAUCUACCUAUGAAGGCAAAUCAAGGCUUAAUGUAUCCUUCAAAGCCUUUCACCACCCAUGCCCCUUGGGGAGAUAGCAAGGACUUUGGGAUGUUUGAACGCAUGCAGUUAUUCCUUAGCAUGUGCAGCGGAAUGACAGAGGAAGCUUCAGCUCAAAGUAUGGGAAAUAGAAGAUCUACUUGCUGCUGUAUGCCUAACCAAAUACUAUUCCAAGGGUUGUGAAAGCCCACAAUGUAGUAUUUGCUACAAUUGCUUUUCUGUGAUGCUUGAACCAGUACAAAAAGUUCAGGGGAUGACUUUACUACUGACAGAAUCGCUGAGGCUUGUACCUGCUUCAUAGGGACCAGGUAACGCGAACCUAACGGAAUAAGCAAUGUCCCAUACCUUUCUUGGUUGGACCCCAAACCAGCAAUUUUCAUCUUCCUGAAUUGGGAUAUCAAGGCUAGAUAGGCAAGUUUACAGAUACUGCUGCAUUAUGCGUCUUUAAAUUGUGUAUAUUUGCCUCUGGUUGAGAUGCUGCUGCAUUAUGCGGGGGAAAACUUAAGCCGACAUUUUGGCAUGUCUGUUUGUAGCAAAAAUGUAAAAGUUCCCCAUGUUGUACUUUAAGAUAUUCCUUGAUAUAAUUUCAUUCGCCACUAUUCAAUUCAA